AGAGGUUGGACUUCCUCUCCGGAAGUGACCCACGUGCAGCUCCUCUCGUCUACCUGGGCGCCCGGCAACUUUUUACGAUUGACGCGAAGUUGGGGACGGCGCGGGAACUGAGGUGCCUCAGGCCGUGGUGAGCGAGCCACGGCGUCUGACCCCAGGGUGACCCGAUGAUGCCGUCGCCGUGGCAGAGGCGCAGCCCUUGGUCCGGCACCGGGAACCGAGGUCGUGGGACGGAAGACCAGGAGGCUGUCCUCUCCACGGUGCUAGGUUGACAUGGAUCCUCUCAGAGCCCAGCAGCUGGCUGCGGAGCUGGAGGUGGAGAUGAUGGCCGACAUGUACAACAGAAUGACCAGUGCCUGCCAUCGGAAGUGUGUGCCCCCCCACUACAAGGAAGCCGAGCUGUCCAAAGGCGAGUCUGUGUGCCUGGACCGGUGUGUGUCCAAGUACUUGGACAUCCAUGAGAGGAUGGGCAAAAAGUUGACAGAGUUGUCUAUGCAGGAUGAAGAGCUGAUGAAGAGGGUUCAGCAGAGCUCUGGACCUGCGUGAGGCCCAGGCAGUGUGCACCUGGGAUGAGCUUGCCACUUACCUGAUUGAAGUGUUCCCAAAUGGGUGUCAUACGUGAAAACUGUCAUCCUUAGGCUUCCUGGAGCAUCUCCAGGACCCUUGGGUGUGGUAGAGCUGUCCUGGCUAAAGAAGGGGACUUGUCAUGCUGGUCUGUGACUGUGUACAUGUGUAUAUGUAUAUAUCUGUAUUAAAACAAAAUUGUGCAAA